AUGUUCUAUUCAGAGACCUUGCUCCAGAAGAGCGGGCCGCUCGCCCGUGUUUGGCUUUCAGCCAACCUGGAGCGCAAGCUGUCAAAGACUCAUAUUCUUCAGUCCAAUGUCACGGACAGUGUAGAGGCCAUCAUCAUGCCUAACCAGGCCCCGAUGGCCCUGCGACUUAGCAGUCAGCUACUUCUUGGUGUUGUGCGAAUCUACCAACGAAAGACGCGUUACCUUUUGGAUGAUUGUAAUGAGGCUAUGAUGAAGAUCAAGAUGGCUUUCCGAUCUUCUGGAAACAACGAUAUGGCCGCCAAUCUCCAGGUCUCUAACCGAGAAGCUUUGACACUUCCCGACAAGAUCACUCCUUACGACAAUUUUGAACUACCACCUCCUCCAGACGCGAACUGGCUUUUGUCUCAAGUCGAGGAUGUUACUACCGCACCAAUUGGCCGCAAAGGUCGCGUUAGCCAGAGAGACAUCAACUUGCAAGAAGACUACGAUAACAGCCAGUUUCUUGGUGAUGGAAUGGGAAUGGAAGAUGAUAUGAUGGCUCCCUUGGGUAACAUCGAUCUGGAAUUGGAUUUUGGUCUCGAUGAUCUCGGCCUUGAAGAGACAGCUCUCGAACCUGAAGGAGGUCGACGGGAAGACCGUACCGCAGCAGGUCCCGAUAUUAACGAUUCGGACCUUGACAUUCCCCAGAAGGACAACCAAGACCGUGCUAUGUCAAUCGACCUUCCUCGGGACGACGUUAUUAUUCAUGAUGGUGGCGAGGACGUUGUUAUGGAGGGUAUGGAACUCGACUUCAACCCAGAAGACGUCUCCCAGAUGCCUGGCAUCGCGGGUCCUGAAUAUCCUCCUCCAAGAAUUUCCGAAUCACCGCUCUCCGAUAUCGACGAAGACCGGGCCGCACAGCUGGAAGAGGACCACUCGAGAUACCAGAUGGCCGAUUUGUAUGAACCCGAAAAUGAAGAAGAGCAAAUUGUCCGACGACCUGCGCAGCGCGCCAAGAAGCAAAAGAUUCUUACUCCCGACGAAGAGAUCGCUCUGUCCAGCAACCAUAUCAAGCAACAACAGGCCAACCGGGACAACAUCAUCAAGGAGGCUGGAUUCCUCCCUCGCGACCCCUUCCUCUUGGCCCUGAUGGAUAUGCAAAAGAGUGGUGGAUUUGUCUCCUCCAUCAUGGGUGACAAGCGAAGCACGAACUGGGCACCCGAACUGCGCGGUAUUCUUUCGCUUGAUACUGCUCGUGGCAUGAACGAGCUUAAGCGCAAGCGAGACAGCGGAAUCGCUGACGUUGAGAGCGACCAUGGCGCAAACAAAUCGCCUCGCAUGCUCGACAUCGGAUCAGACACUGGACUCGGCCUCGAUGCUGGUUUCGGUGAAAUGAGCCUUCCUCCUGAUGAGAGUCGUCAUGAAAUCCCUGCUGAGGGUGAGAUGGAGGACGACGAAGCGCCCACAAUGAUGCCUGGUUUCGAGGACACCACUAUUGCUCUCGUCCACCCUGCAGAGAGUGGCCCUGUUUCGCUGGGUACCAAGCAUGUUGUUCACCAGCUCCGAGACCGCUUCGGUGAUGAUGCGGCCGACAGCCCCAGUAAGCGCACUGACCGAGCAGUUCUCUUCCAGAACCUUUGCCCUCGACAAGAGACCACCAAGGCCGAUGCUACCAAGAUGUUCUUCGAGUGUCUGGUUCUUGCAACCAAGGAUGCUAUCAAGGUCGAGCAGGGCUCUGGUUUGGGCGACGACAUCCGGAUACGAGCCAAGCGUGGACUCUGGGGCGCCUGGGCUGAGAGGGAGGCUGGCGGUGAGAUGUCUCAAGACAACGACGUUCUCAAUGAGCCUGAGCACGCCGCCGCUGCCACCCCCGCAGUCGCUGUCUCGGCGUGA